GGGCUCUAUAGUUGUUGCUGGUCGAUCACAUUCACUUUCCACCAACUCAAAAACCAUCAAAAAUGUCACCGGAAAAUGAGCAACACUCGCCGGCCGGAUUAAACUACGACGAGACGAAGCUGACCCUGGGAUUGCCUGGCUCAGGUUCUAAACGUGUCUUCUCCGAGACCGCCACCACCGUCGAUCUCAAUCUUGGGAGCUCAUGCUCGUCGUCAACUACUACUGUUGAUGAUGAGGUCAAGACUCAAAAACCUACAGCCAAGGCACAAGUGGUGGGGUGGCCGCCUGUGAGAGGGUCUAGGAGGAACUUGAUGAAGAGCUGCAAGUAUGUUAAGGUUGCUGUGGAUGGAGCUCCUUACUUGCGCAAAAUGGAUCUUGAGAUGUGCAAAAGCUAUCAGCAGCUUUUGGGUGCUCUAGAGGAUUUGUUCUCCUUCUUGACCAUUCGUAAGGAUAUGAAUGAGAGAAAGCUUAUGGACCUUGCUAAUGGAGUGGAAUAUGUACCUACUUAUGAGGACAGAGAUGGGGAUUGGAUGCUUGUUGGAGAUGUACCAUGGAAUAUGUUUGUGGAGUCAUGCAAGCGCCUAAGGUUGAUGAAAAGCUCAGAGGCGAUUGGAUUAGCUCCGAGAACACCUCCAAAAUGCACAAGCAGCAGCUGAAAGACAAAGUGAUAAUAGAAUGAUCAAUAUGUGCAUGUACAGAGGCUUUUCUUCUUAAUUGGAGAGUUUUGAUUAGGAAGAUUAGUUGACAUGAAUAAGAGUGUGGUCUGUAAUUAUCUACGAGCUGCGUUUCAAUGCACUCGAUGUUGUAGGCUUCUUCCCCUUUUUUGGUUUAUCACACUUCAUGUUUUACUUGGACACACAAUACUGCACUAUACAAAUCUUGAUGAUUCUUUCUGC